CAAGCAGCCAAGCUGGCCGGUCGGUGCCGGCCCCUCCCGCGCCCCAGCGAGGCUCCGUUCGAUGCGCUCCUUCCGGGCUGCAAAGGAAUGGAGUCACGAGCCCUGUGCCAAUGCCAGCAGCAGCAGCAACAGCAACAGCACGGCCAGCAGCAGGGCCGUCAGCGUCGGCGAGAGCAAGAGCAGCGCGGUGGUGGUGUCCGUGACUGACCGGCAGGAGGGCUCUGGGGCGGCACAAGACGCCAGCAACCAGAGGCAGACGAGGAGCAACGAACAGGUAGGCAGCACACACACUGCACUGAUGGACAGACAGACAGACAGACAGACAGGCAAACAGGCAGACAGGCAGGGUGAGCUCUCAGCUCUGUCUUCAUCAUUUUAUCCCGUGUGUCCACCCGCAGCACUCGCCUCUGUCCAACACGUCCACCCGCAGCACCCGCACCUUCGACCCCCCCACCCCGCCCCCGCCCCUCUCCCCUCGCACACUCUCACCCGCCAUCCCCCCACCACCAGGAUUCGAACCACAUAUACAGCAGCACCACCCCAUCGCACGGACGAACAGCAACGGCAUUGGCAGUGGCAACAAUGGCUGCGGGUCUGGUUAUGGUGGUGACGGCAGUGGGCGUGACGAUCCGUUGGGUGUGACUCCCGGUAUCGAGGGGGCCCGGCGUGAGAGUGGCUCGUCUGAGAGGGAGGGGGGCAGGAGGGGCGACGCUGUCGAGGAGGGGACGAGCUCGAGCGAGGAGGGGGGCGAUGACGACAUUGAUAAGGUCGGUCGGUGAGGUGAUAGACAGACAGACAACGGAACUCUCUAAGUACGCGUGUAUGUGUGGCGGAUGCGAUACAGCUUGCGAUGGCGGCAUCUCUGCCGCACGGGACGGCUGUGGACCGCCUGACUCCCGAGCUGCUGCAGCGCAUCCCCCGGGGCCCUGACGGGGAGCUCCUCAGCAUCGGCAGCAUCCCACACGAGUCGGGCGGAUGCAAACCCUGCGCCUUCGUCCACACCAAGGGCUGCAGGAACGGAGCCAAGUGCCUAUUCUGUAAGACAUUCUCAUACAUGUCGAGUCGACGGACAGACAUAUGGUUGGUUACUGACGCGUGUGUGUUGUGUGUGCUGUGUCUGUCGACCAGGCCACCACGUGCACCCGAAGAAGAAGAAGGCCCGGCCGUGCAAGGCCAAGCGGGAAGCCGCCAGGGAGCACGCCAGGCUGCAGCUACUGGUCAGUCCAGUCAACUAACCAAACCGACCAGACAGGCACACAACACCCACACACAUACACAGACAGACAGACAGACACGCAGUGCAGUUUCUCUCAUUGAUCCCUCCCGUCCUUUCCUUUUGCUGCGUGUUGCUUGUGUCUUGAUGAGCAGGAGCAGCUGGAGCUGACCCGGCUGGUGACGCUGUUGAGCCUGUCGUCCAACACUUCCUCCUCAUGCACCACCAGCAGCCCCCCCUCCUCGUCCGCGUCGGCAUCACCCACUCCUACCCCUACCCCUACCCCUACACCCACCCCCACGCGGCCACCACACAAAACCAUAUCAGCCGACACUGCUGCUGCUGGCGGUGUCGCUGGUGCUGGUGGUGGUGCUGGUGGUCACACACAUGCGGCACCGUCCGACCCGCCCCCCUCCCUGUUGCUGCCGCAGCUGGACGGCCCCGCUCCCUCCACCGAGUCGCCCAAGCUCCCCCCGCCCUCAAACGCGUCCACAUCGUCGGUGUCGCCGCAGACUAUCCACAGAGACGAUGGGGGCCUGCCGCUGCUGCCGUGGUCGCCCCUCACCGGCUGGGAACCGACCACACACAUGGCCGGCCUCCGGAUACCCCAUCCCCCCCACCACCCUCACGCUCCCCCUUCAUACCUCCUGCGCAAGGACGACCACCACCACCACCACCCACAGAGCGUCAGGCAGCAUCCAUCUGCUCAGGUGGUUGUGCCGCCCGUGGCACCACCAUCGCCGGUGCCGGUGCCAGUGAGGGAGGGGAGGGAUGAGGAGGCAUCGGUGAGCCACAGCCCGCUGCUGUCGGACUACGACAUCUGGGGGCCCCCGCCCUGCUGUCGGAGCGUGUCACGGAUGGGGGCGGGGGCGGUGUCUGGGGGCACUGGCGGCAGCCUGUGGGACGGCAACGGCCAUGGGGGUGGUGGGGCAGAGGACGAUGCGGGUGAGCGUGGCGAUGGCGAUGGGGAUGUUGCUGGCGAAGGCCCCCAGCUGGCCAAGAGGUUUUCGCAUUUCCAGAUGUUUUCUCCUGACUUCCCUGACAUACUGGCCAACGGGGGGGAGGGCAGCGGCCACACGCGGGGGUUCAUCGGCGGGCAGUGAGUGGGGUGGGAAUGUGGCCGCAUGUGUGUGUGUGUCAUGACACAGAGAGGGGAGGGGAGCGUGGAGACGCGGGGAGGAGAGAGGAGCCUAUUUAAACAUACGUGCAUUGGUGUUGGUCGGUCUCUCUCUCUCUCACUCCCACUCCUCUGUUGGUGUGGGUCACAAGUGUUGCUGCUCUGUCUGUCUGUCUGUCUGCUGGUGAGGUGUUGUUGUGUUGAUAGAUACUAUGUCCCAUUCUCUUCCAUUCCAUACUCUCACUGGCUCACUCACUCACUGGCUGGCUCGUGCCGUGGAGACUUGACGAAUUAACGAACGAGUGAAGCUGAUCUGGUUUGUGCUGCCCGUCGCUUGGUUGGUCGGUUGGUUGCUGCGAGCAAGGAAGGCAAGCUUGAACAUUCAACGAAGGAAGAAAGGAUCUGUUUUGGCAUCAACGAAUGAAUAGACUGGAUGGACGGAUGGAUGGAUGGAUGGCUCGGUAGGUGGUCCGUAUCUAUCGCACGGGUGCAGGCAGUUUUUGCCGUCUGUCUGUCGCAGGGGGGGGGG